AUGGCGACGUUAAACGUGAAAUUUUUAAUAAUCAUAGCGUUGAUGAGUUACGGUGUUCUUGCUCGGACUACGAAUAACAACCCCGAUUUGUUAAAAGAGGCACACAGAAAUAAAUACGGGGGUUCCAUAUUGAUGGAAAUCGCCAAGGAGCUCGUGCAAAGGUCCUCGAGCAGUAGUCAGGUAUUAAAUCUGAAUCUGUCGAAUCUGUUGCUGCUUUUGGUACUAAAAGCAGUCGUGUUUGGUGCUGGAUAUUUAGGGCAUCAUGGCCACAAAGGACGCGAAUUGGAAGAAGAAAAUAUAGUAACCGAAGGUGAGAUGGCAUUAGCCUUAGGGUAUUUGAUGGGAGAUACGUGUUUGUACAGAGCAGCUUGCGAAGAACCGCACGUAGCAAAAGAAUAUAUGGGGGCCGCAGAAAUGGUAAUAGAAACGAUGAAAUUAUUGCCCCGAAGUCCGUCAGUUGAUGAGAAAUACGAGAAAACUAUGUCGGAAUUUCGGAAGGCCAUUGAACAUGGCGUUACAGAUGGCUGUCCAACGGAAUACACUUGUAAAAAAGAUAACAUCAAGAACUUCUUAACGGAAGAAAGAAAAUAA